GUGGCAUCUCAAGACCUGCAUCACAAGACAGAAACCCCUCCGCUAUCUCCCCGAUCUGCGAUUCGUUUGGAGGUUCUCAUGCUCAGCACAAUCGAGCGCUGCUUAUCGGCGAAGGACGUCUUGUUAGAAAGACCGCUCUACUUGACAAAUGCAGAGUCAAGGCAAGAUGAUCACAAUGGUGCCCAGGUGCACGAGAAAACUUGUGGCAAGCGCAAGCGGGCAGACGAGGAACAUCCGGACACCUCAUGUAAAAUAGAAUGGGUUGGAAACCCUUCAUCUACUUGCCCAGGGCAAGUUAUCGAUUCUUUUCUGGACGCAGAGAACGGGCUGGACGCUUCUCCCACGUCAGCGAUUUGGAGCGAGUGGAACGAAUCUGAGGAUACGGAUUUGAAGAUCAAAGGGGAUGCUAAGCUUGUGGGUUCAGACGAGCUCCCUUUCGUCCCGGAGAUCCAGCUUGAGGCCCAGGCCUGUGAGGAAGGAGUAGAUCGGGAGCGAACUAUGAACGUUGAUGCACUCGGUCCAUCAACACGGCCUUCAGUGCAGCAGGAAACAAUCGACGCUGUGAAAUCAGAAUGAUUGGGAUAGAAACAUAGAAAAACUGGUUCUUGAGAGAAGAACAAUCACUAUACAUAGAUUAUUCUUAGUAUGCAUAAGAUGUAACUGAGUAAGUAAAUUGGAUGAAUC